CAAUAAAAAUAGCGGAUGCAGUUUAGUCGUCAGUUGUGCUUCGUUGGAAACUUUAGUCGAUCCACUUUUUAUUGCAGUUGUUAACUACUCUUGUACCUAAUCAAGACUCUUCAUUUUCAAUUUAACUCUAAUCUUUUCUAACAAUCCUAGAAAACUAUUAAUUCUGUUUCUGAAAACAAAAUGGCCAAACCAGAGAUCGGAACUAAAUUAACUUUGAACAAUGGAAAUACUAUGCCACUUUUUGGUUUAGGAACCUGGAAAUCAAAGCCUGGAGAAGUUAAGGAAGCUGUUAAAUUUGCUCUAUUGGAAGGUGGAUAUCGCCAUAUUGAUUGUGCUUUGGUUUACCAGAAUGAAGAUGAAAUCGGUCAAGCUUUGAAGGAAGUGUUUGAAUCCGGAGCUCUUAAACGUGAAGAUGUUUUCAUUACAUCUAAAUGUUGGAACACUUAUCAUUCUCGUGCUAGAGUGACCGAAGGAUGCAAGACUACUUUGUCUAAACUCGGUUUGGAAUAUCUUGAUCUUUACUUAGUUCAUUGGCCAAUGGGCUAUGCUGAAGGUGGUGAGCUUUUCCCAAGCACUUAUUCUGAUGUUGACAUUGUCGAAACAUGGCAAGGUAUGGAAGACGUCCAUAAAGCUGGUUUAACAAAAUCAAUUGGUGUUUCCAACUUUAAUUCAGAGCAGAUUGAAAAAAUUCUUGCCAAUUGCUCCGUUAAACCUGUUAACAAUCAAAUUGAAGUUCAUCCUUAUCUAACUCAGAAAGAGCUUGUUGAGUUUUGUCAAAAACGUGACAUUACUAUUACAGCUUACAGUCCACUUGGCUCACCUGAUCGACCAUGGGCUAAACCAGAAGAUCCAUCUUUAUUUGAAGAACCAGCUAUAAAGAAAAUCGCUGAAGCCCAUAACAAGACUCCAGCUCAAGUAUUACUUCGAUUCGCUGUUCAACGAAAUCUCAUUACUAUCCCAAAGAGUGUUACACCUGCAAGAAUCGCUGAAAAUAUCAAAGUUUUCGAUUUUGAAUUAUCAAAGGAAGAAAUGGAAACCAUCUUUGGAUUUAACAAGAAUUGGCGAGCUUGUGGAUUGGAAGAACACAAGAGUCACCCACUUUAUCCAUUCAAUAUCCCAUUCUAAAUCAAAUGACAUAAAAUCAAUUGAAUUGAAAUGAAAUAAUUUUAAAUGUUUCAAUAUUCAAUAUGUUCAAAAAUCAAUUAUUAAUGAUAAUAAUCUAAUAAAGUACGAAAGCAAAGCAAAA